UACACGCCGUACUCCAUCUAGUGCUAAGGCCUCCAGAGCUGUUAAACCGGGCGCUCUGUUAAACCCCCAGAUAUGGAAAGCUCGUCGAACUGAAGCUUUCAUAUCGGCCGUCCCAUCGAAUUGCUUGGUUCCAAUCAGUGUCGGACUGCAGAACGAAAUGGGUCAUCCGGAGCUGGAUUUCAGGGCCAUUCCCAGGCUGUAUGGCAGCCAGAACUACUGGCAGUGGCGCGUCCUCUUGAAGUCCUACCUGGAGGCCAACGAUCUGUGGAAGCACAACGAACCGAAGGAGAGUCCCCACACCAAGUUCAUAAUUUUGGCCACCGUCGAGGGCGAUAAGAUUGAGCCAGCCUACGACGACCAGACCUGUUCGUAUAUUUUCCAAAACCUGGAGACCCGUUUUGGGCCAUUUAGGGGUUAAAGUUUAAAGUUUUUUAUGAAUUUGAAUAAAAUUAUCCAAGUGAUCGCUGGCCUGACUGUCUCACUUA